CAAAUUCAGCGAUCUACUAGGCCGGGCCUACAUACCAAGAGAAGCGUGAGCGGAAGGAGUCUCCGGGGCCAUUGUCCGCUAAACCCAGUGGUGUCGGGGCUGAUGAGAAAGUGAGAUAUGAUGGAAGCACGAAAGUACGUAUGGGAAGGGGCGAUUCCGCUUCAGAUUCAUCUCCAUGAAUCCGAAGUCACCACUCUCCCUCCUCCUCUCCCUGCCCUGAUCUUAGCCCCUCGAAUAGGGUACCUGCCAUUGUUGGUUCCUCAUAUAAAGCCUCAUUUUAGUAGCACGCUUCCUCCUGGGAUCGAUACCGUUUGGUUCGACUACAAAGGCUUGCCCCUCAAAUGGUACAUACCAACUGGAAUUCUUUUUGAUCUUCUAUGCGCGGAACCUGAAAGACCUUGGAAUUUGACAGUACAUUUUAGAGGAUAUCCCGGAAAUAUAUUGAUUCCCUGUGAAGGUGAAGAUAGUGUAAAAUGGAGCUUUAUUAAUUCAUUGAAGGAGGCAGCAUAUAUAAUCAAUGGAAACUGCAAAAGUGUCAUGAACAUGUCUCAACCUGAUCAGGUGGAGCUCUGGCGCUCUGUUAUAAACGCAGGUAAUUUGGAAGCCUACAUACGGGUAUCGUCUAAGCUUAAGCUUGGAACAGUUGGAGAUGAAUAUGCAGCUGAUUUGUAUUCAUCCUCAUUGAAUUCUCGGCAAAGUAUUGGUGACACAGAUAGUACUGGACAAGUCAAGACAGGUAGAGUUCCCAUUCGAUUGUACGUUUGGAGUGUCAAUGAGGAUUUUGAUGAUCUAGAAGAUGCUCCUCAAAUUGAUAGUUGGGACAAAAUCUCUUACAUAAACCGACCGGUUGAGAUCCAUGGAGAAGAAGGUAAAUGCUUCACAUUACUUGAUGCUGUAAAAAGUCUUCUACCAGAAUAUUUUCCAUACAAAUCCUUAAACAAUGAGGAAUCAUCCAGAGAAGAAGAUAAGGAUGAAGAGAAAGUUCCUUCAGAAAAUUUGAGUGAACACGUGGAGUCUUGUUACUCGUCUGAUGAUGCUGAAGUGAAGCUUGUUCGCAUCCAAGGCAUUGAACCCAAAUUAGAAAUACCCUUCUCUUGGGUGGUCAACAACUUGGUCAACCCUGAGCACUUUCUUCAUCUUUGUGUGUGCCUGAAACUUCCACAAGUUAAAAUACCAUCAGAUACAUAACCUUUAUACCUUCGACCUCUUACAAUAGGGAGAGGUGCCACUUGGCUACAAAAGCCUAUGUUGGUGGUGAUCUCAAAAGCAGUUGAUUUUUUUUUUUAAAAAAAAAUAUUGUAUAGAAUUGCUCAGUUGCAUUAUCAAUGUACUAUUAACCAUUCAUUUCUU